AUGCCGGCUUUUGAGCCCAAUGCCGUCAUCCGCGGCUUCCAGCUCACCGUAGUCGGAACUGUCCGAGCACUACGCAACGCAGAGCUCUUCAAAUAUGAGCAUUUCCGUCAGGCGGCCCUGGCCAUCGCCAUUGGGAUCAUCAUUCAGAUCAUCGUCCAGAUUCCGAUCAUCGGGGUGAGGUUCAUGAUUUGGCUCCUCUCCUGGGUGGUCGAUUUGGAGGGAGCCACUUGGGAUGAUAGUCUCUUGAAUAGCCUGGACUUCAUCAAUCAGUCCGUCCUCCAGGUGCCGUUUCUUCUCAUGACCCUGAUGCGAUAUGUCACCCCGACUUUGGAUGAAAUUUUCAUGGAAUCCCUGAAAUGGGUCGACUCAACCUACGUCGACAAGCACAAGACAGACGAUCCCCGAACUCUGCGUGCCAUGUAUUACCCCCAUCUUGCCAUGUAUUCCACCAAAGGGAGUGCCGGCGUCUCCAAGCCAAUCCCCGAAGCCAUCAUGCAGUUUCUGCGUAGAUACGGCCGCAAGGUUGGAAUGCUCCUGGGUGUCUACAUCCUUUCGUUGGUCCCGGGUCUGGGCCGCUUCGUGAUGCCCCUGGCCUCGGUCUAUUCGCUUCAAAACUUUGUCGGCACGACUCCCGCUGCGGUCAUCUUUGGAACUGGUCUACUCCUCCCGAAACACUACCUCGUCCGGUUUCUUCAUACGUAUUUUGCUUCUCGGAGCUUGAUGCGAGAACUCUUGGAGCCCUAUUUUUGCCGCAUCAAGUUCACGCCCGAUCAGAAACGCCGAUGGUUUGCCGAUCGAGAAGGGGUCUUGUUCGGCUUCGCUUUCGCUUUUACGGUGGUCUUGAAGAUCCCGUUCAUCGGCGUUCUGAUGUAUGGUGUCGCAGAGGCUUCUACCGCAUAUCUCAUUACCAAAAUCACUGACCCUCCACCCGCCCCCAGUGAGAGCGAAGGCUUCGCUGAGACGCAGGUGACGUGGAAGAACAAGCACGAUUUCCUUCAACUAUCGUUGGAUAACCUGGACAAGUUUAACGAGGCUUCUUAUGAAGAGAAGACUGAGAAGGACGGGAUGGGCGAGAUUCGUGGAAGAACGUUUUCCUAG